CCCACCGCCUUCUACCCGCGGCGGGGCCGCGCGGGCGAAGAGUCGCUGCGGAGCGGGGCUGAGCUGAGCGGCUGCCGGGACGCUGUGCCCGGCCAUGGACGGGCGGGCGGUGCUGAUCCAUGCGCUGCUGACGGCAGUGUGCUCGGCGGCAGUAGGCGGGUUCGGCCGCGACGGUCCGCACGGCGAGGCGCUUCACAAUGAGGUGCUGCUGCACGAGGGCGGCGGCGUGGCGUCGGUCCCGGCCACGGCCCCGCUGCUGGGGGGCACCGCGGAGAAGGAGAGUGGCGGAGCGGCCUCGGGGGACGCGCUGAGCGAGCUGCCGAGAGUUGCCUUCCUGUCAAAGCCUCAAGGCCCAGUUACUCCCAGGAAGAAGGGGAAUGGGAAUAAAAGAAGAAAAGGAAAAGGCUUGGGGAAGAAGAGAGACCCAUGCCUGCGGAAGUACAAGGAUUUCUGCAUUCAUGGUGAAUGCAAAUACAUCAGAGAGCUGGGUGCUCCAUCCUGCAUAUGCCAGCCAGGAUAUCACGGAGAGAGAUGCCAUGGCCUCUUGCUGCCUGUAGAGCAUCCCCCAAGCACGUAUGACCACACCACAGCGCUCGCUGUUGUUGCAGUGGUCCUGUCCUCGCUGUGCCUCAUCAUCAUCACAGCCUUGUUGAUGUUCAGGUGUCACAAAAGGGGUGUCUAUGAUGUAGAAAAUGAAGAAAAAAUAAAGCUGGGCAUCACUGUGAAUCACUGAAGAUGCCAGAUGCUGGGCUCAGCACUGAUGCAGUUCUACCUCCUGGAAGAUGCGAGCCACAGAGCCAGCACCGUCCCUGGGACCCUGCAGCACAGCGGGACAGAGCUGCUUUGGGGCUGGCCAGGCAGUGGUGCCACUGCAGGGAGCUUCGGCGACCUCCGGGUGGAGGAGGCUGGGAGCAGUGCUCUCAGGCAGGCUCUGAGCAGAGCCGGCUGUGUAGGGCUCUCCAGAGGCUUGGGGCCGCCCGCUGCAGUGCAUGCAGGGGAACAAACUGUGAAAGGCUUGGAGAGCAGGCUCGAGGCUUCCGUAGGCGCAGGAGGGGUGGGAGGGUAACAGCUAUUUAACAAGAGAAUGUUCCUUUUAAAUUAUAUAUUUAUUUUAGAUAAAUUGUACAUACUAUUUAUAUUUAUUGGAGGUCUGUCUCUGCACCCUUUGUGUAAGCCAAGAUGAUCCCUGUGUGGGUCAGACCUCCUUUAUUUUUUAAGUGCAAUGUAAUAUUCUAAUAAAUAACUUUGUAACAAACACUUGAGUUGUUGAUUUAAGAGAUGUGAGAAGGUGUCAGGUCUCCCAAGGC